AUGCUGCUCUCAUUCAGUAUAUGGUACCUGCUGAUCGGUCUCUUGAUCUUGAUAUACGCUCGUGCCGCUGCGUCAUCCCCAUGGGGCCCCGAUGUGAAGAUUGCUGUCGUCAGUGGCCUUGCUACCAUCUUCGCUUUUGGCAACUACCUGAUCGGGGCAGCCACCGUCUAUCGCCUCAAUGCGCAUCUGUACUCAGGCAAACACAAUAUUUCGGUAGACCCCCUAGUAGUUCAGACCAGUGCUAGCUGGCCGUAG